AUGGGGCCAUGCAGUGGUGCGGCGGGCAUGGCGGCGCUGUCCGAGGCGCUGGUGCAGUGCCCGUCUGCGGCAAGCGCCUUCGGCGCAGCCGCCGCCGUGCUGGAGGCGGGCGUGACGGGCAAGCAGCUCGCCACGCUCAUCGCUGCGGCUGCUCGCGACGCUGGUCAGGGCGCCCAGUGGCAGGCCGCUGCUGGCGAUGGUGUGCGAGGUGAUGGUAAUGGCCUCCUGACGUGCAUGGAGGAGGCGCUCGAGGAGGUGGGCCGCGGCGUGAGCGGCGGCAAGCUGUCGGUGUCCGACGUCCGAGGCCAAGGCCCAUUUGCGCAGCGCCGGGCAGCCUGGGGCCCACAUGGCUGCGAGGCUCGGGCGCCUCAGCAAGGCGCGCAACGCGUCGGGCCACGCCGACGUGAGGCUCUGCGACGCCAUUCGCGGGUUUUUCGGGGCGCGGGCCGAGAAGGGCUCCGCCACGGGGGGCGCUCCUUUCGGCCCGCGGCCGAAGCUCGAUGA